AUGUCAAAAAUACGUAUUCUCGAUGCCAGUUUACUCGUAAGAAUAGCAAAAAUAAGUCCGGGUGUGCUACUCGUACACGCUAGAAUGCUGAGUAAAACUACCGCCAAGUAUCCCCUUACGAGAGUCGAAGUUAAAACAUUCACGAUACACGCCGGUGUCGUGGGGGAAUCGAUAGACAAUGCAAUACUCGGACAGCUGCCUAAACGAAUAAUAGUUGGCUUUGUCGAUAACAAGGCAUUUAACGGUGAUAGAAAAUUAAACUCGUUUAAUUUCCAAAAUUACAGAAUAAAUUUAUUUUCGCUGUACGUCGAUGGCAUGCAAAUUCCCAGUAGGCCGUUACAGCCAAAUUUUUCGAAAGACGAGCCGCUCUACGUUGAAGCUUAUCACACAAUUUUCUCGGGAAUUGGUAUUCACUUUCUGAACGAGGGUAAUUCAAUAAGCAGAGACGAUUGCGCCAAUGGCUACACUCUUUUCGCUUUCUAUCUUACUCCGGAUCUAUCCGCUAAUUGUGCAGGACAUCGGAAUCUUGUGAAACACGGAAACUUACGAUUAGAAGUGAGAUUCGAAAAAGCUCUUUCCGUGACUAUUAAUUGUAUCGUCUAUGCAGAGUUCGAUAACGUUUUAGAAAUCGAUUCCUCGCGUCAAGUCAUUGUCGACUUUCCCGGAUAG